AUGAUCCGCCACGCCGGGCCUGUAAUGGCCACGAACGUCGGCAAAGCCCGAAGUCGUCUCAUCUACAUUAGGGAUUAUGACUCCGAUACCCAGUUCUUAGUUGAUACCGGGGCGGAAGUCAGCGUCAUUCCCCCUAUGCCAGGUGAGCCUACCGCUUCUCUGUCGACAAGCCUCAGUGCCGCCAAUGGCACGCCAAUAGCCACCUAUGGUCAUCGGUCACUUACCCUGGACCUAGGUCUUCGGCGCACGUUCCGCUGGGUAUUCACUGUCGCUGCAGUCCCCUUUGCCAUCAUCGGCAUUGACUUUCUCAGGCAUUUCGACCUCUUGGUCGAUGCGAAACGCCAGAUGAUAGUCGACACUGCAACAAAACUCAGCGUACGUGGCAUCACCGCCGAUGUGACAUCUAUAUCCCCGGUCUAUGCAUUUCCCCAGACCUCGUCAGCCUACGCUAAUCUCCUUUCUCAGUAUCCCAAGCUCGUUCAGCCAAUGAACGCAGCUUUGCCCGUGGCAGCUCAAGUCACGCACCACAUACGGACGAAUGGCCCACCUGUGUCAUGCCGUCCACGCCGACUAUCGCCUGAGAAACUAAAGGUAGCUAGGGCGGAGUUUGAGCACAUGCUUGAACUUGGAAUAAUCCGCCCUUCCGACAGCCCUUGGUCCUCGCCCCUGCAGAUGGUCCCCAAGAAAUCUGGUGACUGGCGCCCUUGCGGUGAUUACCGCGCACUCAAUCGCCUAACCGUCCCAGAUAGGUAUCCCAUCCCACACAUGCAGGACCUUACCGCAUGCCUCACAGGUAAGACGAUCUUCAGCAAGAUCGAUCUGGUUCGCGCCUAUCACCAGAUACCUGUGGAAGACAAUGACAUUCCUAAAACAGCCGUAAUCACUCCUUUCGGUUUGUUUGAAUUUUUAAGGAUGCCAUUUGGACUGUGCAACGCCGCACAAACCUUCCAGCGCUUCAUCCACGAUGUUACUCGUGGCCUAGACUUCGCAUAUUCCUACCUCGAUGAUAUCUUAGUAGCCAGUUCAUCGGAACAAGAGCACCUCGAGCAUCUUCGAGCUCUCUUCCAGCGCUUGACCCAACACGGUGUCACAGUCAACCCGACUAAGUGCGAACUCGGCAAAUCAACGGUAGAAUUCCUAGGCCACCUCGUUUCAUCGUCUGGUAUCGAAGUCCUUCCUGAUAAGAUCCAGGCAAUCAAGGACUUCCCAGCUCCGACUUCCUUCAAGCACCUCCGUCGAUUUUGUGGUUUGGUCAACUACUAUCGACGCUUCAUUCCGCGCUGCGCUCAGCUCAUGCAGCCACUGACUGACCUACUCAGAGGAAAUGAACGUAAGUUCGCUUUCCCUGACACAGCACAGGCAGCCUUCGCCGAGCUCAAGGAUGCUAUCUCCAACAUAGCCCUCCUCGCUCAUUCCGAAUCGACUGCACCUCUUUCUAUUACGACUGAUGCCUCAGACGUCGCGGUAGGAGCCGUCCUCCAACAACACGUUGGUGGGCGCUGGCAACCCCUUGGGUUCUUCUCCAAGCGCCUGCAGCCAGCGGAAUCCCGCUACAGCACGUUUGGCAGAGAACUGCUGGCCAUUUACCUAGCGAUACGUCACUUCCGGCACACACUUGAAGGCCGCGCUUUCACGGUCUACACUGACCACAAGCCCCUUAUCUUUGCCUUCAACUCUGCUAGCGACAAAUACUCACCACGGGAAACAAGACACCUAGACUUUGUCACGCAGUUCACUGCUGACAUACGUCAUGUCUCAGGUGUCGACAAUCCCGUCGCCGACGCUCUCUCACGCGUCAACCUCACUCUGCAGUCUUUGCCUACCGUCGACCUUGCCGCAAUGGCAUCGGCUCAGGCUCAAGACGAGGAUAUACAACGCACUCUGCAGUCCACUUCGCUGCAUGUGCAACCUGUUCCUCUCCAAACCACGGAAGGAACCAUCCUCUGUGACACGUCCACAGGUUGUCCUAGACCUCUCGUGCCCGUCUCCUUCAGACGCACAGUCUUUGACGCACUUCACUCACUGUCACAUCCCGGUAUCCGUGCAUCUUUGAAACUGGUCACCGAACGUUUCGUUUGGCCACGCGUAAACAAAGAUGUUCGUACCUGGGCUCGCGCCUGCCUUCAAUGCCAGCGCUCUAAAGUACAUCGUCACACCCGCAGUCCUCUUGGUUCAUUUCCUGCCCCAGACUCUCGGUUCUCGCAUGUACACUUAGACCUGGUAGGCCCAUUGCCUCCGUCGCGCGGAUUCGUAUACAUUCUGACAUGUGUCGACCGCUUCACCAGAUGGCCAGAAGCCAUUCCCGUAACAGACUGCACAGCUGAGACUGUUAUCCGGGCCUUCUUAGAUCGGUGGGUAUCGCACUACGGAUGCCCAUCCACGAUCACAACUGACCGCGGAACGCCUUUCGAAUCUUCACAAUUCGAUACGUUCUGCAACUUCUUAGGUUGUCGCCGCAUCCAUACAACAGCGUAUCACCCAGCAGCCAACGGGCUAGUUGAACGUUUCCAUAGACAGCUUAAAGCCUCGCUCUGCGCCUCCUCCGACCCUAGCUGGAGCGAAAACAUUUCGCUCGUACUCUUAGGCAUUCGCAGCAGCAUCAAAGCUGACUUGCAAUGUGCACCAGCAGAGUUGGUUUACGGAACGACGCUCAAGUUACCAGGAGAAUUCGUUUCACCUCCCGCAUCAUCGGGUAUGCCUCCGCCUAACUUUGCGUCCUCCCUAGCUCAGCGCAUGCGUUCACUACGCCCGACCCCGCCCCGUGAACAGACUAGAGAUGUGCAAAUGCACAGCGGACUCUCUACCUGCACUCACGUCUUCCUCCGCACCGACGCAGUGCGGCGCCCUCUCCAGCCUCCCUACACUGGCCCUUUCAGAGUUCUACAACGGACUCCGAAACAUUUUACUAUAGACCAGAAUGGUCACCGAACAACGGUGUCCAUCGACCGCCUCAAAGUGGCUUUCUUUGACGAGCCACUUGCAGCUCAUCCUGAUGCUCUCUCACAAGCACCCGCACCUGUGGUGACUUCCCGAGCACUGGAUAACCCGGAUCCCUCCGUACCCCUUGACCCGCAACCUAUCCCGCCUCAACCCCAGGCAACCGACCGACGCGGUAGACAGGUCAAACGUCCGGUCCGUUUUUCUGAUUUUGUAAGCGUUUGCUAUUUCCA